GAAAGGUGCCGCUCCGUUGCUCAAGUGUCCGGGUCCGCUGUCUCUGAAACACAUGGCUUUCCCUGCAGGGUUUGGAUGGGGGGCAGCCACCUCAGCUUAUCAAGUGGAAGGUGGAUUCUUUAUCGCUGAGCCACCAGAGAAGUCCCCAUAUCUUGGUUCUACUACUUAAUGAAAAGUGUUGUCUUGGGAGGCUGGGAUGCAGAUGGAAAAGGCCCUUGUGUCUGGGACACAUUCACCCAUCAGGGAGGAGAGAGAGUUUUCAAGAACCAGACUGGCGAUGUAGCUUGUGGCAGCUACACUCUGUGGGAGGAAGAUUUGAAAUGUAUCAAACAGCUUGGAUUGACUCAUUACCGCUUCUCUCUUUCCUGGUCACGUCUGUUACCUGAUGGGACGACAGGUUUCAUCAACCAGAAAGGAAUUGACUAUUAUAACAAGAUCAUUGAUGAUUUGUUAACAAAUGGGGUCACACCCAUCGUGACCCUCUACCACUUUGAUUUGCCUCAGGCCUUGGAAGACCAAGGAGGUUGGCUCUCAGAGGCGAUCAUCGAAUCCUUCGACAAAUAUGCUCGGUUUUGCUUCAGUACAUUUGGGGAUCGAGUCAAGCAGUGGAUCACCAUAAAUGAGCCUAAUAUUUUUGCCGUGAUGGCAUAUGAAUUUGGUGUAUUUCCUCCUGGUGUGCCUCACGUUGGAACUAAAGCUUAUCAGGCAGCUCAUAAUUUGAUUAAAGCGCAUGCCAGAUCCUGGCACAGCUAUGACUCCUUAUUCCGAAAAGAGCAGAAGGGCAUGGUAUCGCUAUCAGUUUUUGCUGGCUGGGUGGAACCAGCAGACCCCUCCUCAGUGUCUGACCAGGAAGCAGUUAAAAGGGCCAUGGCAUUCCAGUUGGACUUCUUUGCUAAACCCAUAUUUAUUGAUGGCGAUUAUCCUGAAGUUGUCAAGUCUCAGGUUGCCCUCAUGAGUAAAAAGCAGGGCUACUCAUCGUCACGGCUUCCAGAAUUUACAGGAGAAGAGAAGAGGAUGAUCAAAGGCACUGCUGAUUUCUUUGCUGUGCAGUAUUACACAACUCGCUUAGUCAAGAACCAGGAGAACAAGAAAGGAGAGCUGGGCUUACUCCAGGAUGUGGAGGUUGAAGUUUUUCCAGACCCAUCUUGGAGAAGUUUGAAUUGGGUCUGUGUGGUGCCGUGGGGAAUACGUAAGCUACUGAAAUACAUUAAGGAUACGUAUAAUAACCCUGUAAUUUACAUCACUGAGAAUGGGUUUCCCCAGGGUGACCCCACAUCCUUUGAUGACACUCAGCGCUGGGAGUAUUUCAGACAGACAUUUCAGGAACUGUUCAAAGCUAUCCAACUUGACAAAGUCAAUCUUCAAGUGUACUGUGCCUGGUCUCUCCUGGAUAACUUUGAGUGGAACCAGGGAUAUAGCAGCCGGUUUGGUCUCUUCCACGUUGAUUCUGAAGAUCCAGCAAGACCCCGAGUCCCUUACACAUCAGCCAAGGAGUAUGCUAAGAUCAUCCGAAACAAUGGCCUGGAGGGACCUCCGUAGAAAACACAGCUGGGUAAUUUCACCUGGAGAAGGACUCUCUGCCCUCGGAAAUGGAGUCUGCUUUGGUGAUCCUGAAGACAUCCUCAAGUUGCGUUGGUAACCAGUGUGUUACCAGCUGAUCUGUGAUCAUGAAGUCUGAAUAUGUAGUGCCUGGAAAUUAUUUAAUGAUGGCUUUUACUCUAUUUGUAUUUGAUCAAUGAGGCUUUUGAAAAAGUAGAAAACCACUGCAAUGGAUUUUUGUAUUAAGAAAUCAGAUGGACUUGGUAGCUUCAAUUUAAAUCCUUAGACUUUUUUUUCUAGAAAAAGUAAUGCAAAAUUUAUAAACAGGGUGUGCUCAUGAUUUGCAGCUCUAACAGAUCGCUUAAUUUAAGAAGGCUUGUUUAUGAAUCUAUUUUUUUGUUUACAUGAACUGUUAUUUGCCUUAGCAGGUCCACUGUCCAUAACUUUCUACUAUUUAAUCUAGUAUAGAUAUCAAAAUUAAAAGUUAGUCACAUUAUCAGAGAACUUCAGGAGAGAGCUCUGCAGAGCUGAAAAGAAAAAGAACUGGCAGAGUAUCUGAAAUUGUAUUUGAACAUUUGGAAAACUUAUGAAUAGACUUGAUAGAACUGAUGAUGCAUUUAAAAAAUUAAUAAAGGGCACAUUAAAAAAGUCACAUUAUAUCUUUAUACAUUCUAUUCACCAAAGGAGUUAAUUAAUAACCUACUUAAUAAAAUUGAUUGAUUCAUGUGUUUGGCACAUAGCUAUGCAUGAGCAAGUACAUGUCUCUCUUGCCUGAUAAACUUUUGGAAAAUAGUAAAUUAAUAACACAAACCAGAAUGCGAAUAGCAAAAGAAGUAUUUGAGCAUUGUCAUUUAACAACAAUUGGAUUUCUACACUAUUAGUUAGUUAGUUCAGUCACUCAGUCGUGUCCGACUCUGCGACGCCAUGGACUGCAACAUGCUAGGCUUCCCUGUAUAUCACCAACUCCCUGAGCUUGCUCAAACUCAUGUUCCGCAAGUCGUUGAUGCCAUCCAACCAUCUCAUCCUCUGUUGUCCUCUUCCCCUCCUGCCUUCAAUCUUUCUCAGGAUCAGGGUCUUUCCCAAUGAGUCAGUUCUUCAUAUCAGGUGGCCAAAGUAUUGGAGUUUCAGCUUCAGCAUCAGUCCUUCCAAUGAAUAUUCAGGACUGAUUUCCUUUAGGAUGGACUGGUUUAAUCUCUUUUCAGUCCAAAGUACUCUCAAGAGUCUUCUCCAACACCAUAGUUCAAAAGCAUCAAUUCUUCGGCACUCAGCUUUCUUUAUAGUCCAACUCUCACAUCCAUACAUGACCACUGGAAAAACCAUAGCUUUGACUAGAUGGACCUUUUUUGGUAACGUAAUGUCUCUGCUUUUUAAUAUGCUGUCUAUAUUGGUCAUAGCUUUUCUUCCAAGGAGCAAGCGUCUUUUAAUUUCAUGGCUGCAGUCACUAUCUGCAGUGAUUUUGGAACCCAAAAAAUAAAGUCUGUCACAGUUUCCAUUGUUCCCCAUAUGUUUGCCAUGAAGUGAUGGGACCGGAUGCUAUGAUCUUAGUUUUUUGAAUGUUGAGCUUUAAGCCAACUUUUUCACUCUCCUUUCACUUUCAUCAAGAGGCUCUUUAGUUCCUCUUAGCUUUCUACCAUAACGGUGGUGUCAUCUAUAUAUGAGGUUAUUGAUAUUUCUCCCAGCAAUCUUGAUUCCAACUUGUGCUUCAUCCAGCCUGGCAUUUUGCAUGAUGUACUCUGAAUAUAGGUUAAAUAAGCAGGGUGACAAUGUACAGGCUUGACGUACUCCUUUCCCAAUUUGGAACCAGUCUGUUGUUCCAUGUCCGGUUCUAACUGUUGCUUUUUGACCUACAUACAGAUUUCUCAGGAGGCAGGUAAGGUGAUCUGGUAUUCCUAUCUCUUUCAGAAUUUUCCACAGUUUGUUGUGACCUACACGGUCAAAGGCUUUGGCAUAAUAGUGACACCACAUUAAAAACAAAAGAAUGAGCAGGGUAUAGUCUCUACUUUUGGGUAUUUUUAAAAAUUAAGGAUCCAUUAGAACAUUGAUGACAACCAGGAAAUAAACGUGAGUUAACUGACUGACAUGAGCAGAAGCAAAGGAGGGUAUAGUUUGUACCUUGGUGUUUGAAAUGUCUAAGAUUUAUGUGAGGGUGGUUGGACUUGGAUAUUUUACUGAGCUUCCUCAGUAAAGCCUGAAGGAGAUGUAGGGCCCCCUCUGGACUUCAUGGCUUCACUCCAGUGAAUCUUUUACAUAUGUACAGUUUGUGCCUUCACAUACAUAUUCAAGUAAUACUUACUAAACAUUCAUGUAUCAGGCUUGAAGUGGUGAGAUAAGUGUUAUCACCCCAUUUUGCAGACUGAGAAACUGAGGCCACACCAAUGAUCUUCUUCCUUAAGCCACUUCAAUAUUUACUGGCCAUGGCUCUUCCCUAGCAUCAGCCCUGUUUCUGUCUAGCACAGUCUAGAUCGGUUCAGUUCAGUUCAGUCACUCAGUCAUGUCCAACUCUUUAUGACCCCAUGGACUAGAGCAUGCCAGGCCUCCCUGUCCAUCACCAACUCGCGGAGUUUACUCAAACUCAUGUCCAUUGAGCCGGUGAUGCCAUCCAACCAUCUCAUCCUCUGUUGUCCCCUUCUCCUCCCGCCUUCAGUCUUUCCCAGCAUCAGGGUCUUUUCACAUGAAUCAGUUCUUCGCAUAAGGUGGCCAUCAGUCUAGAUCAGGGUGUCAUGGAAGUCGUCUCUGCAUUUUUUUUUUUUUAAGUAAAAAAGAAACAAAUGUAUGGAGUUACUUUAUGCAGGAGGAAAUGGGGAAGUUGGUUUUCUGUACUCUCCUUCUGCUUUCUUGAGGAAAUGGCAGAUGUUUUGUGAUUCUCCUAAGGCUUCAGGCCUGAGCAGACGUCCUGUCAUUUUUAAAAAACACUAUGGUCACUGCUAUAUUUAAAAUGUAUAACCAACAAGGACCUACUACUGUAUACCACAUGGAACUCUGCUCUCCCUUAUGUGGUAGCCUGGAUGCAAGGGAGGGUUUGGGGGAGAAUGGAUGCAUGUAUAUGUAUGGUUGAGUCCCUUUGCUAUUCGUCUGAAACUACCACAACGUUGUUA